CCCAGACCCUGGUCCUAAGAAACGACAGCCCACUGCCCAUGGCAUGGCAUCUCAGUGGGCUGGACGACCUUGGAGAUGAGUUCUCUGCAUCGCAAGGCAGGGGCAUCGUUGGGCCCCGCACAGACUUUGAGGUGAAGCUGAAUUUCAAGGCCGAGAAGAUUGGCAUCACAAAUAAGAUGAUCCAACUAGAGGUUUCAGAUACAGAAAACAUCCUGGGCAUUGUUCAGGCUGAAACCAUCAAAGUCUCUGUGGAGGUCUACGAUGUUAAUCUGAGCAUCAACAUGCCUGAAGGUCCAGAUGGCAGCUUGGAAUUUGGAACCAUUAAUGUCCUGGAUAAUAAGCAGCAAGUCCUGAGUCUGCAGAACAAAGGCUUAUAUGACAUUGAGUACAGUUUCAAGCUGACCACUGGAAGUGCCAAGAGGGGUGACUUGGAAUCUCCCUUCACUGUCCGGCCGCAGGGGGCUGUGCUGAAAGCCUCCCGGCCACCUGUGAAAGUUGAGGUCCUCUUCCACCCCACGACUGAAGUGUUUCUUGAGAGCAAACCCAUCCUGCUCUGCCAGGUCAUUGAUCUCAAAUCGGGUCAAGGAGGCGAGACCGUUGCCACCAUCCCAGUGAGGGUGUCAGCGAGAGCUGUGUACAGCAAGUACAGCAUCGAGCCUGCCUCGCCCAUCGACUUCGGUGCCAUGGUUAAGGGCACCAAGAAGAGCCAGUUCACAGCAAGAGGAAUCUGCCCCCUCGGUCAGGGAAAGAAAACGCUCCACACAGGCUCAGCUCACUGCAGGCGUGUUCACGGUGUCCCCUUGCUCCGGCUCCGUCGGUCCUGAGGGCCAGCAGAAGAUCACAGUGGAUUGCAACACAGGAGCAGAGGGGAAAUGCGAGGAGCAGCUGUACAUUGACAUCAGCAACAGAGACCCCAAGGACAAUCCCCUCGGCAUUCCCUUUACCCUGACUGCCGAGUCCUGCCUCCCAGCGCUUGUUGAAGACGUCACGUCCAUCUUUGAGCAGUACCCGAUCCACAGCAAUGUCAAUCUCCGCCAGACGUUACAGUCGGUGCAAGGCCAACGGUGUGUUCAUCAGAGAUGAUAACAAAUUCAUCUUCACCAAAGUUCAGGUUGGGCAACGGGCCACGGCUCGCUUCAAGAUCUCUAAUGGCAGCAGUGUCCCAUGUGAUGUGGUCCUCUCCAUCAAAGCCUUGCCUGGAGAGCCUCACAGCCUCAUCAGCAACAUCUUCAAAUUGGAUCCUGUCGAGAUGAGCAUUCCUGGCUUAUCCCACGCCUUUGCUACAGUGACCUUCACUCCAGAACAAAAGGAGGACUACCAGUGCACCUUCACAGCUUCCCUUGUUAGCCCAAAAAGCAGCUCCGUGAAGAUGAAACCCCAAGAGCUGACCUUCACUGUCAGUGGAGAGGGGCACGUGCCUCAGGUGACAGUCGAGUGCCCGGGCCUUCGGAGUAAGAGAGGAACCCCUGUGCUGCGCUUCAGGAGGCUCCUGCUGGGGGAUUCACAGACACUCCCCCUGGUCCUUCGUAACAAUGGCACCGU